AUGGCAAGCCUACGAUCCGGCCUGCGGCCCCUUGCGGCUUGCAGGACAGCCCCUAAACUCCAAUGGCACGAUCUCGACGUGCAAUUCCGAGCUCUGCAGAUCUCGUCUAGACUCGGCAGCCGAGCGCAGUCUACUCUCAGCAGCUCAAACGAGCUUGUUCCGUCAGACUUGAACCAGCUGAGCAUCCAGCAGAACGAUCUGUUCCCACGCCAUGCCCGUCCUCUCCCCGUCUCACCGUCCUACUUCUCUCGGCAACCGCACUUCAACGACAGUUACCUCAGACUGCAGACCUUGCUACGGAAGUAUGGGAAGCUACCGGCAGCACCGCCAGAGCAGAUUGAGAGGGUCGCAUGGAAGCCCCUCAAGGACUACAGGCAGGCAAUUGGCGAGCCUGUCAAGGCAUCACUAUACAAGAAGUGCAUGGAGAUUGUCAAGCACCUGCACAAGAUCCACCCUUCUCUAAGGCCGGACGGUAUGGCAGAGGCAUUGCAGGAGUUCAAGCGGGACGUCAACCCUUUCCAGAAUGUCACGAAACCCAUCGUGGUCGACCGCUUUGGCCGGGCUCUCGGAGUGGGCCGCAGGAAGACAUCAGUCGCCCGCGCCUGGGUGGUUGAAGGCACCGGCGAGGUACAGGUGAACGGCAAGACGUUGAGCGAGGCAUUCGGCAGAGUCCACGAUAGAGAGAGCGCAACUUGGGCGCUGCGGGCUGCAGAACGAGUGGACAAGUACAACGUCUGGGCUCUGGUCGAAGGCGGAGGCACCACGGGUCAAGCCGAGGCGCUCACCCUAGCUGUCGCAAAGGCCCUGCUGGCUCAUGAGCCGGCUCUCAAGACAACUUUGAGACAAGCGGGCUGCAUGACGCGUGACCCGAGAAUGGUGGAAAGGAAGAAGCACGGCCGUGUCAAGGCCAGAAAGAUGCCUGCCUGGGUCAAGCGAUAG